AUGGCAUAUCUUACCAAGGAGGAGGAAGACGAUCGGAAGUACGAAGACAAGGAAGAGCUGUCUCCUUCGGGCAAGCCAGAUGAUGAGGAUCCCGAGACUCGCGUCUAUGGCUGGCGAGACGGCACUCCCUUGACCAGGCCGGACGUCAGCGAGAUCAUCAGAUCGGAACCCCGUGCGCAAGCCGAGUACAGGUCCCUCAAGAAGCAAGGCAGCCACAAGCGAGCACCGCCCGAGGCAGACCCCCUGGAAGGUCUACCUCCUACGUGGCAGGCGGUCUUCUCGGCUGCACCCAAUGCUGCCCCACAGGCGGCCUGGAAGGAGUACAGCUCCAAGAAGCGGAAGACUGAGUCGACGAAGAAGAAACCGGAGGUCCGUGUGGACAUCCAGCUCGACUGGGAGAGCAGAGAGAAUGAGACACCAGAGGAGGAGAUCGCCAGGAUAAAGCCGGAGAUAGAGCGAUUGUCGAAGGCCAUCCGUGACAACGCGGAAGCCAAGGCUUGGAAGCAGAAAAUUGCUGAAGCCACCAAGCACUUAAAGGAGGGGGAGAAAGCUUCGAAGCAAGUGCUGCGAGCUUUUGAAAUCGCCAGCUACAACAAAGCCGUGGCUUCCGGACAGCUCAGAUCCUCGGAUAUGUACUUCCAGUUCUUGACGCAGGACACUGCCAAGGAUGCAGAGACCCAGGUCACUACCCUAGAGCGGUCCUGCGCCUUGAUGGACAAGACCAUGGACCUCUUGAAAGGGCACAUCAAGAAACUCGAGGAGGUGGCCGCCGAAUCCAUUCCGGCGGAGGAGUCGCACGAGAAGGAUCUCCUCUCGCCCAGUCCUUCCUUGGGGAAGACCCCGGGCCCUCUGAGCCCAAGCCCGGGCUUCCUGGGACGCUCUCCGGGGCCCAUGGCCUCCCCCGGGCCCGCGGCCGCGCGGCUCCGGGCACUCAAGGUCCCUCCGGUGUCGCCCUCUCUGCGGGAUUAG